GAAUGAACAGAUUUUUUUCCGUGCAGCAAAGGGAAAGUGUGUGUAUUUGUGUGUUUCCCGUUUGGAAAUUAUGGAAUGUUGAUUCUUCUUCAAAAUAGUGGAACUGUGUGAACAGCAGCACAGUGAUCGCUUCACACGCGCAGAUGAAAUGUCACAAGUGCUUACGGUCGUGACGAACAACCGAUUUGUUACGUGAUAUCGUGUGCAAAGAAAACCUUCCAAGCGUGUGCUUUUGUUCCCUUACGCCCUUACAAGAAAGAAGUAGUUGAUUGCAAGGGGUGAGCGGAAGAAAAUUUCGAUUUCACUUCGCAUAAUGCAGUAAGAGUUCCUGAAGAUAUCCAGCCUACAAAAACAUCUCCUUCGCCUACUGACUGCGAGGAGCAGAAACUAUGAACAUCGCUGGAACUCACAAACGGACAUAUCAACCGUUGGCCCAACAAGAUUUCGAAGACGCUCAGUAUCAGGUGUCCAGCGGUGGAAGCAGCGAUUCGGAGCCGGAACAGUACGGUGAAGGUGACGAUCCGGAGGCAGCACUAACCACCGGCCGCAAAUGGUUGCGGUCGGCGCAAGGUGUCAUCGAUCCACUGGGGGCUGGUGGUAAGGCGAACAAGAAUUCGGAAAUGUAUAAGGAACUCGUCUUCUCUGGCAAACAAAACCUCCGCCGGUACCUGCUGUUGGGUACGGUUGCUGUAAUACUUACCGUAGUUGCCGUCGCGCUCGUCGUCAUCCUAACCGCCAGCAACGAUGAUGAGAGUGGUCCGGAAACCGCUCCCAUCAUACGGGAGGGCGACCCGAUCACACUGGAAGACUUUCUGCAGGGUCGUCUAUCCGCCAGCGGCUUUACCGGCACCUGGACCUCCAAUGGGAAAAUCAUCUUCCGCGAUGACUUCGGCACGGUGAUGGUGUACGAUCCGGAGCAGAACGACACCAAGACGCUGCUCGGGAUCGCCAACGAGGAGCAGCUGCAGGGCUUCAAGUUUGAUCUCUCGCCGGAUGGAAAGUAUCUGCUGGUGGCGCGCGGCUACAGUAAGAUCUUCCGGCACAGCUACCUUGCGAUCUACGAUAUCGUGGACAUGGCGACCAAGCAAAUCACUCCAGUGAAUGUCGGUGGACAGCGGCGUGCUCUAAAUCUCGUCGAGUGGAGCCCUGUGAACCACUCGUUCGUGUUCGUGUAUCAGAACAAUCUGUACUACCGGGAAACUCCGACCUCAGCGGAGGUGCAGAUCACGUCUGAUGGUAGCCCCAGCGUUUACAACGGCAUACCGGACUGGGUGUACGAGGAGGAGGUGUUCUCCACCAACAUUGCCACCUGGUUCUCGCCGGACGGUGCCCGCAUCGCGUUCAUUCGCUUCAACGACACGGAAACGCCGCUGAUGAAGAUUCCAAUCUACGGACCACCGGGCAAUCCGGACUAUCAGUAUCCGCGCGAGCUGACGCUACACUAUCCGAAAGUUGGCACCAAAAACCCCGAAGUGCAUCUGUUCCAGUACGAUCUGGGUGCGCGAACGCUGCAAGAGAUUGAGCCACCGACCGAGUUGGUCAAUCAGAACCGUGAUCACAUCAUCACGAGCGUUGGCUGGACGCGCGAACGGCUCGUCACGAUCUGGAUGAACCGGGUCCAGAACCAUGCGAUUAUACGUUCCUGCACACCCCAAGUAGUCGCCGGUACGCCCCAAUGCUUGACGGUGCAUGAGAUCAACGAAUCGGCCGGAUGGUUGGAUCUGUUCAGCGCACCCGUCUUUAACGGCGACGGAACACACUUCCUCGUCAUUGCCUCCUCGAUGCAGGGUGCGGCCGGUGGGUUUAAGCACGUCACCAUGAUCUCCACCACGCAACGUUCGGCCGUACCGCUGACCAAGGGUACGUUCGUUGUGCAGGAAAUCCUGCGAUGGGAUGCGAAGAGUAACAUGAUCUUCUACACGGCCAAUACCGCCAACGAGUCGCACGUGCUGCAUGUGUACGCGAUGGAAGGUCGACAGGAUGCACCGGUUGCUCAGUGUCUGACGUGUGACGUGGAGGUGGGCGCCAAACAGAGCUUCUUCAACGCGCAGAUGGGUCCGAACGGGGGCAACUAUUUGGUGCUGGAAGCACGCGGUCCCGAUGUACCCUGGACGCACGUGUUCCACUGGAGUGUGACUGCCAAUGCUGUGCAGCUGAAGCAGAUUAGGGUGUGGGAAGCGAACGACUUCCUUCAACGUGCGCUCAAGGGGAAAGCGAUUCCACGUGUGGAAAUACACGAGAUCGAUCUCGACAAUGGCUUUACGGCGAAGGCAAUGUUGCUGAUUCCACCCGGCACGAAUACUUCCAGCGCGGCGGUGAAACAUCCGAUGCUGGUGGAUGUGUACGGUGGUCCAAACUCGGCCAACGUUGUCGGCAGCUGGUCGAUCGGUUGGGGUACCCAUCUGGCCUCGAACCGCUCGGUCGUGUACGCUAAGAUUGAUGGUCGCGGCAGUGGACUGCGUGGCGAUCGUCUGAUGUACCAGAUCUACCGCAAGCUCGGUACGGUGGAGGUACAGGAUCAGAUUACCGGUGCUCGGAAGCUUGCGGAAAGCCUGCCCUUCAUCGAUCCGGCCCGUGUUGCCAUCUGGGGCUGGAGUUACGGUGGUUACGCAUCGGCAAUGGCACUCGCGCAGGACACCAACCACGUGUUCCAGUGUGCCGUCUCGGUGGCACCCGUUACCGAUUGGCUGUUUUACGAUUCCAUCUACACGGAGCGGUACAUGGGCCUGCCGGCGCUAUCGGACAACCGGAACGGGUACGAAACAUCCCGACUAACCGCACUGCACGAAAGGUUCCGAAAUCGGACGUACCUGCUGGUGCACGGUACGUACGAUGACAACGUGCACUUCCAGCAAGCAAUGCAACUUUCCCGCGCACUCGAAACGCACGACAUCAUGUUCAAACAGGUGAGUUACCCAGACGAAGAUCACAGUCUGGCAGGUGUCCGGCCCCAUCUUUACCACACGCUUGGUAAAUUCUUCAGCGAGUGCUUAAAGCUAGACUAAUGCGCAAGAAGAGACAGUAUUUGUGUUCGCAUUCCACAACCGGGCUCCGGGUUCAGUCUUAACCGUCUUCGUCUCAUCGGAUCCGUUCCACACACAAAAACGCGCGGGGAUCCUUUGCAGUGAUUUUAUUUUUAUAGUGUCUCUAAUGGGGAUGCUACAUGCAUAGAAAAACCUUAUGCCUGUACAUAAUAGUUAAGGCUAGUAAAACAAAAUAAAAAGCAGAAAGUUGUUAGUGGUCGUCAGUCCCGCCAGGGGAAGCAUUUGUGUCGCUGAACGAUUGUGGAGACAUGUUUUAAAACUGUGUACAUAUAUAGAGAGGAUGAUGUGCAGUGUUUGCAGGAACGGAAAAUUCAACAUAAACACAUACACAGAGCAGAGCAGUGCGGGUCGGUGCAGUAGCAAGUACAACGUGUUUGUAAAACACUAGUCAAAGUACGUACACUUCACACGUACGUCACACCACAUCACGGGAAGUGUGUCUACGGGGGAGGAAAUACGAUAUUCCACACACUCCUCUACGAAGCAGUGAACAUUUAUGAAAACGAUAGAAUGGGGUAUUAAAGAAAUAGAAUAUUAAUGUUUUGUUUUACUCGAACACCA